UGCGUUCGCUGUAAAUGUUGACCAAUGAAGUGAUAACAGGUGUAUGUUUGGAGACAACCCCUAAACCCUCACAUCUAUUGCCUCUUUGGGCGCAAUAUUUCCCGCGUUUUGAGCUCUCAUUGAAAGACAAGUCAAUUGUCUGCGAGUUUGCAGUGAAAGCACAUCCACUCCAGUGUCCAGUCUUUGUGAACACAUCCAACACAUCCAUAGCCAACAUGUUUGAGGCGCGACUUAUUCAGGGAAGUAUUCUCAAGAAGAUAUUGGACGCCAUCAAAGACCUGGUGACCGACGCCUCCUGGGAUUGCAGUCCGAACGGCAUGUCUUUGCAGGCGAUGGACACGAGUCACGUCUCACUCGUCUCCGUCUCUCUCAAUAGCGACGGUUUCGACAAAUACCGGUGCGAUCGCAACCUCACGCUCGGCAUGAAUCUCAUCAGCCUCUCGAAGAUAAUCAAAUGCGCGGCCAAUGACGACACGAUUAUCAUCAAAGCGGGCGAUGGCGGCGACAAAAUCACGCUUCUCUUCGAGGCUCAGAACGAGUCAGAAGUGGCUGAAUAUGAGAUCAAACUCAUGAAUCUGGACUCAGAAUACUUGGGAAUUCCGGACACCACGUAUAACGUGACCAUCAAAAUGCCGUCCAAUAAGUUUCAGCGCAUUUGUCGCGAUUUGUCGCAAAUCGGAGACGCGGUGACCAUCUCUUGCGCUAAGGAUGGCGUCCGGUUC